ACACAGCUGCUGAAACCACGGACGGACCGAUGGCCCGCGGACAUGAACUGUAACCCGCGGCAGUGCCCUGGUCUGCAGAACGGGCAUCUGGAAACUACCUUCUAAGAUAGCCUAGCUUUUGAUACUCUAAACAACAAUCUUGUUCGUCGCUUUGCUAGUCGGUGUCUGGGAGAAGGUUUUUCAACGCCUCCCAAAAUGUGGAUAUCUCCGGAGGAGGUGUUGCUUGCCAACGCUCUCUGGGUGAGCGAAAGAGCAAACCCGUUUUUUAUUCUCCAGCGGCGAAAGGGCCAUGGAAAAGGCGGUGGCAUCACAGGCUUGUUGGUGGGCACCCUGGACGUGGUCCUGGACUCCAGCGCCAGGGUGGCUCCCUACAGGAUCCUUCACCAGACUGGGGAGUCUCAGCUGUUCUGGAGCAUUGCUUGCGGCUCUUCUAGGAAAGAGAUAACUGAACACUGGGAGUGGCUGGAGGCUAAUCUGCUCCAGACUCUCUCCAUCUUCGACAACGAUGAGGACAUCACCACGUUUGUCAAGGGGAAGAUCCAGGGCAUCAUCGCUGAGGAAAACAAGAGCAAGCUGGCCCAGGAGGAUGAGGACUCUGGGAAGUUCCGCGAGGCUGAGGUGAAGAUGCGGAGGCUGUUUGGGAUGCCGGACGAGGAGAAGCUGGUGAACUACUACUCCUGCAGCUACUGGAAGGGCCGUGUGCCGCGCCAGGGCUGGGCUUACCUCAGCGUCAACCACCUCUGCUUCUACUCCUUCCUGCUGGGGAAAGAAGUGACCCUGGUGGUCCAGUGGACCGACGUGACCCAGCUGGAGAAGAACGCCACGCUGCUGUUCCCGGAGAGCGUGCGUGUGAGCACGCGCACCACAGAGCACUACUUCUCCAUGUUCCUCAACAUCAACGACACCUUCAAGCUCAUGGAGCAGCUGGCCAACAUCGCUAUGCGGCAGCUCCUCGACAACGAGGGCUUCGCCGCUGACCGCUCGCUGCCCAAACCCUGCAAGACACUGAAGAACGUGUCAGCGCUCAAGAGGGACCUGGACGCCAGGGCUAAGAACGAGAGGUACCGGGCUCUGUUCCGGCUCACCCCAGAGGAGCGUCUGGACGGCCACACAGACUGCACCCUGUGGACCCCCUUCGCUAAGAUGCACAUCGUGGGCCAGCUGUUCGUCUCCAACAACUACAUCUGCUUCACCAGCCGAGAGGAAGACCUCUGUCAGCUCAUCAUCCCGCUACGAGAGGUGUCCAUAGUGGAGAAGGCUGACAGCAGCAGUGUGCUGCCAUGUCCUGUCUCCAUCAGCACAAAGAGCAAGAUGACCUUCCUGUUCGCUAACCUCAGAGACCGGGACUUCCUGGUCCAGCGCAUCUCCGACUUCCUGCAGCGCACCCCCGACAACCUCUGGAGCGAUGCCAGGGAUCUGACUGGUCACUCGUGGUCCCCCAGCCCCGGCACCUCGCUCCCCUCCAGUCCCCCCUCGUCUGGGGCGGGGGGGCUCCAGGGGCGACACUACUCCUCCAGCCUGCCCACGGCCUCCCAAGGCCUCCUGCGCAUCUACCAGAAAGACGCUCCUGAAGACCUGGGGCCCAAAGCUACCAAGGAGAAGAUGAAGGAGGAGUCAUGGAACAUCCACUUCUUUGAGUUUGGCCGUGGCGUGUGCAUGUACCGUACGUCCAAGACCAGAGAGCUGGUGCUCAACGGCAUCCCAGAGACCCUGCGAGGAGAGCUGUGGCUGCUGUUCUCAGGAGCCCAGAAUGAGAUGGCCACCCACCCAGGUUACUAUGGUGAGCUGGUGGAGCAGGCGAUGGGUCUGUGCACCCUGGCCACGGAGGAGAUCGAGAGGGACCUUCACCGCUCCAUGCCGGAGCACCACGCCUUCCAGAACGAGACGGGAAUCGCUGCGCUGCGCCGCGUCCUCACCGCCUACGCCUGCCGCAACCCCGGCAUCGGCUACUGCCAGGCCAUGAACAUCGUGACCUCGGUGCUGCUGCUCUACUGUACGGAGGAGGAGGCCUUCUGGCUGCUGGUGGCUCUGUGUGAGAGGAUGCUGCCUGACUACUACAACACCAGGGUCGUAGGGGCGCUGGUGGACCAGGGUGUGUUUGAGGAGCUGACUAGGGAGUGUCUCCCCCUGCUGUACGAGCACAUGCAGGACCUGGGUGUGAUCUCCACCAUCUCCCUGUCCUGGUUCCUCACCCUCUUCCUGUCCGUCAUGCCCUUCGACAGCGCCGCCGUGGUGGUGGACUGCUUCUUCUACGAGGGCAUCAAGGUGAUCUUCCAGGUGUCCCUGGCCGUGCUGCACGCCAACAUGGACCACCUGCUGAGCUGCUCUGACGAGGGCGAGGCCAUGACCGUGCUGGGCAGGUACCUGGAUAACGUGGUGAACAAACAGACUGUGUCUCCCCCCAUCCCUCACCACCACGCCCUGCUGACCAGCGGGGACCAGCCCCCCCCGGAGAUCGACGUGUUUGAGCUCGUCAAGGCCUCCUACGAGAAGUUCGGUAGCCUGCGUGCUGAUGUGAUCGAGCAGAUGAGGUUCAAGCAGAGGCUGAAGGUCAUCCACUCUCUGGAGGACACAGCCAAGAGGAGUGUGGUGAGGGCCAUCAUGACAGAGUCAGCCUUCAGCAUCGAGGAGCUGGAGGAUCUCUACGUACUCUUCAAGGCCAAGCACAUCACCAGCUGCUACUGGGGCGGCAGCAGUGAGGCGACAGACCGCCACGACCCCAGCCUGCCCUACCUGGAGCAGUACCGCAUCGACCUGGGCCAGUUCUCCCAGCUGUUCGGCUCGCUGGCCACAUGGCCGUGUGGCGUCCACUCCCCCACCCUUGCCGCACGCCUCUUCCGCCUGCUCGACCACAACAAGGAUGGCCUCAUCAACUUCAAGGAGUUUGUCACCGGCCUCAGUGGCAUGUACCAUGGAGACAUGACAGAGAAGCUCAAGCUACUGUACAAGCUGCACCUGCCCCCAGCGUUGUGUCCAGAGGAGGCGGAGUCUGCCCUGGAAGCCACACAGUUCUUCACUGAUGACACACAGGAACCUCUCUUCCUGUCUGAUGUGGACUUCCUGCCGCAGGAAGUGACCUCAGGGGAGGAUGUGAAGGAAGGGGGAGAUGCGAAGGGGGAGGCAGACGAGAAGAAAGAGGACAAGGUGAAGGACUACAAGUAUUACCUGAGGAUGUGGGCCAAGGAGAAGGAGCCCAAGAAGGAGACUAUUAAAGAUCUACCCAGGAUGAACCAGGAGCAGUUCAUAGAGCUGUGUAAGACUCUCUACAACAUGUUCAGUGAAGACCCUCUGGAGCAGGAGCUUUACCACGCCAUCGCCACCGUCGCCAGCCUGCUGCUGCGCAUCGGAGAGGUGGGCAAGAAGUUCACCAACAAUGGUGCCAAGAAGCUCGACGCCGCCAGCGCCCUGGCGGUCAUCCCUCCAGGCCCCCCGGCCGCUGACCCGCUCCAGCCCGCCCAUGAGGACUCCAACGGGGAGGGGGGAUCAGGACAGUCCCAGGUCUGCAGGGCCCUGGCGGAGGCCCAGCUGGAGACUCCUCCGCAGCAGACGUCGGAUGAGGACGUGAAGGAUGACACCUCGGUGUCGUCCUACUCCAUGGUGAGCGGCGGCUCGCUGCAGUGCGAGGACAUCGCCGACGACACCGUCCUGAUUGGCUGCGGGGACCAGCGGCGGGGAAGCUCGCUGGAUGGCGAUUGGUCCAUCACCUUCGAGCAGGUGCUGGCCUCCAUGCUGACCGAGCCACCGCUCGUCAACUACUUUGAGAAGAAAGGGGACAUCAGAGCCAACAUGGCGUCCUGUAGGGCUCAGAGGGGCGUGGAGAGGCAGAUGAGCUCCUCCAGCGACCACGAGCUGGCUCAUCACUCUGUCUGAGGAGCACAGAAGGUUCUGGAAACAUUGUCGCCCUCCAUCCCCCCACGGACCCCCUGACUGUCAUCGGGCACUCUGUCUCUUGUUGCUUCUGGGGCUUUCAUCUCUCACGUCAUCGCGAGCUCUGGGCCUGGAUCUCCCCUUGCUGUCCUUUUAUUUUUCAAAACCAGAUGUAUCUAUCUAUAGGACCUAUAUUACUACUCUGAAUCCACAUAGGAACAAGUGUCAGAUUAUUUUUCCAAAAAGCCACUCUUGGUUAUUAUUAUAAUACUAUACAGGCUUUGUUUUGGUUAGGACUUCAACUACGAGGUUUGUGCAGGAUAUCAGGAUGAAAGGAAGGUCACCCCAAAAUACAAAAAUAUAUACUUUUAUGUAAAUGUACUUUUGAUUUUGGGGUAAACUGUCCCUUUUAAAAUGUCUAUUUUCAGGGUGCCCUUUCAAUUACUUCUCAAGCUUCAUUCGAACCACAAUCUAAACUGUGGAAGAUGGCCUUUACUGUGAGUCAAACCUUUGAGGGGAAAAUUCACGACAGUCUCAAACUAAAGAAGAAAACGGAAGACUUGCCUUAAAAAAAAGAAUUACGUUACCUUGGAUGUUAGAUUUAGAUUGAAAAUGUCUGUUUGGUUUUCUGAGGGACAAAGCCAAGGGUUAUCUGGCCAGUACUUUUAAUAUCACAUUUAAGCAGUUGGUUAUCAAAACUACCUCUUAGUGUGUAUGUAGGCCUGCUGUUGUUCUAGUACAGUAACACUGGUGUGGUUUAGGAGACAGUCUCAUCAACCUACCGUUACGCUCACUAAAACUGCCACCCUUAGCUAAACACCACUAUUCUCUCUUCGCCCAGAUCUAGGUGGAUUAUUUCAAGUUUAUGAAAUAAUAUUUCAAAGUUAAAGAGAGAGAGAGGCGUUAUGUUUAACAACUUACAGUGUUUUAAAUGUCUCAUUUUACCCAUCAUCCUUUAUACAGAUAUUAUGUUUGUCAGUUACGCCCUUGCUGGCGUUUGUGUACAUAUUAUAGUUUCUAAAACAUUUUGGUGUCUAACACCGAUAUGUGGAGUCAUUUAAAAGCGUUUUGUAUUCUGCAUACACGUCAUGAGCUUUACAGUGCCGCUUGAUAUCAUAGUCCUGAUGCCGUUGGUGAAGAACUAAAUAUGGUAGCCUGAAACUGACGUUGAAUGAUUGCGUGAGGUCCUUGGGUAAACAGUGUUACUGUCUUGUACAUUUACAACCUUGUUUUAUCAAAAGAGUACUUUAGAUCACCACAUGCGACCAUACACAUCAGCUUUGAGCAUGUUAUUUUGCACAGGCACUAGAAUAUAACGCCUAGCCUUGCCCCCUCCCCAACAGUUGUAUUAUUUCUAGCCUAGGCAUCCCCAACUGCCAGUUGAACAUUGGCAGGUUAGGGCUAUUAGUUAAGAACAGUGGUUAAGAAUUGCCGAAUUGAAUGAUCUGGACUUGUUUACAGACCGGGCCAUGCACAGCUAACCAUCUAGGCAGGUCCGAGAUCGUUGUAAAUGUGCUGGCGCUCCCCAGUAUUGACCUCAGAUACUCAAUUGCGUUAAUUAGCCAGGGCUUCAACUGUAAUACAAUAGGAUGGAUUACACAGCCGCGCAUUAUAUGGAAACGUCGAUGUUUGCCCAAGAAAUAAGAUGGAACCAUAGAAGAAUACCAUACCAAGUAUAUUAGCAGUUUUUAAGAAUAGUUUUAUACCCAAGUAAAAUUUGGCAUGGUGUUAUUUUUUGUUACAACACCAAAGUCCCAGGUCAUUAAUCGUUUAUUAAUCGUUUGCUUAACAAAACGGGCACGGAGCGAUCACAUUUUCCGCAUUGCACCUGGCUAUAUUUAUGAUAGGCCUAUGUAAUGACAACGCUAAUGAACCUGACUAAUGUAUUUGUUUAUUUAGCUCUACUUGCUAAAUGUGAACAGGAGAUUGGACUGAUUAUGCACAUAAGGGUUCUUGUUAAGUUCCUGGAUAUGGGGCAGUCUUUAAAUCCUAAUUGCUUAACGUCUUUGCUUACUGUAUCAACCUAACACUUUAUUUAUUCACCCGUUUUCUUUUUUAAUUGUCGUUGAUCUGUACUGUACUAUACUGUGUAAUAAAUAUACAAAUAUUGAAUGAA